UACAUCUCCACCAUGUUUGAUUUUACCAACGUGCUGCAGCUGGUACAGAGUCUUGAGAUGCUGCAGUUACUGGGAGUGAACAGAGUGGUUGUCUAUAAAACCAGCUGCAGUCCUGAAACGCAACGAAUACUGGACUACUACACACAAAAAGGUUUACUGGAGGUGAUUCCUUGGUCUCUGUCCAGAUAUGUGAACGUGUCUCGUGGCUGGCUGCCUGUACAUGGUCCCGGUGAACUUCACUACUUUGGUCAGAUUCCUGCUCUCAAUGACUGCCUUUACAGAUACAUGUACCAGUCCAGAUAUGUGGCUCUACAUGAUAUAGAUGAGCUCAUACUGCCCCAGAAAGUCAUCAGCUGGGUAGAGUUGUUGCCGCUGCUGGAGAACCAAUAUGGUGCCAACAAGUGCUACAUGUUUGAAAAUAACGUGUUCCCCAUCAAUGUCAUGUUGGCUCCUCCAGCAUCCCAAAGUCUGCCACCACAGACUGACUGGAAGAAUGUCACUGGUGUGAACAUUUUGGCUCACCUGUACCAAGAACCAAUCAUUGAGGAGACUCAUUACUCUAACUUCAAGAUCAUUGUCAACCCUCGAGCAGUGUUUGCAACAACUGUUCAUGGGGUUCUGAAGUCACAGCACGGCUGCUCCUGGAUUGACAGGAACAUAGCACGGAUGUACCACACAAGAUUUCCGAGACAACCCAACCUGGCAAAAGACAAGCUGAUUUAUGAUGGCAGACUGCUGAGCUACAGCGCCCACUUCACACCAGCUGUGAACAAAGUGCUCAGAGAGACUGGAUUCCUACCAGAGCACAGCACACAAUAGGCUUGGUGCAUAGCUAACUCCCUUUGAGAAACAGCUGCUUAAAUAAGUGUUGAGACGGGACUUCUCAGGAACUCUUUAAAGGGGGGGAUUUCCUCCGCUCCAUGGUAGACAACAUCUCCGGUAUUUGAUACCGGUUACACUUCAGGACGCGGAUAAUGCCAAGCAAAACAGACAAACAGAACAAUUACCUGGAUUGGCAUCAUGUCUGGAGAUGCGGGAUUUUUUUUUUUUACCUUGGCCUGUCAUA